GCAAACCAAGGAAAAACUCGCACAGACAGAAGAGAGAUAAAGAGCGCGCUCUCUCUCUCUCUCUCUCUCUCUCUAAAAGCUUCUCUGAAAACCUUGAAAACCCUCAAGAUUUGGGAAACCAUGGAUUGGGUCCGAGGCAAAGAGAUUGGCCGCGGCGGCUUCUCCACCGUCCACCUCGCCACUCCCGCCCAAACCUGCUCCUCUGACCACACUCCGGUUAUGGCCGUCAAGUCCUGCGACGCGGCCCUCUCUUCCUCCCUCAGGCACGAGACCCGGGUCCUGAGCGAACUAGGCGACUGCCCGCGGAUUGUCCGCUGCUUUGGCGACGCGCUCACCGGCUGCGAGGAGCUCUACAACGUCCUCCUCGAGUACGCCGCCGGCGGCAGCCUCGCCGACAGCCUCAAGUCCAGAGGGAAGCCUCUCUGGGAGCCUGAGAUCAGGGGCCACACGAGGUCGAUCCUGCAGGGCCUGGAGUUCGUCCACUCCAAAGGGUACGUCCACUGCGACGUCAAGCUCCAGAACAUCCUCGUAUUCCCCAACGGCGGCGGCGAAGAUGUCAAGAUCGCCGAUUUCGGCCUUGCCAAGAGAGCGGGUGAGCGGUUGGCAAAGGGCGGGAAGCUGGGCGGGUUCGAGUGGCGGGGGACUCCUAUGUUCAUGGCGCCCGAGUCAGUGAACCGCAAUGAGUACGAGCCGCCGUCGGACAUCUGGGCACUCGGGUGCGCGGUGGUGGAGAUGGCGACGGGGAGACCAGCAUGGGGGUUGCAGGCCGGGUCGAACGCGUACGCUCUUAUGAUCAGAAUCGGGGUCGGAGACGAAAUCCCGGAGAUUCCGGAGGGAUUGUCGGAGCAGGGGAAGGACUUCUUGACGAAGUGCUUCACAAAGAAUCCGAAGAAGAGGUGGACCGCCCGCAUGCUCUUGAAGCACCCCUUCCUUGCCCUCGACGGAGCCCUCAACGACGAGGAGGUCGUAAGAGAUUGCGGAGCCGAAUUCACUGAUUCCUCUCCGAGAUGCCACUUCGAUUUCCAAGACUGGGUUUCCACGCAAUGUUCGAGAACGAGUUGGGAAUCGGGAUCCCUUUCGCCCUCCUCGGAGAUAGAUUCUGAUCCGUCGCUCACCGCGUUGGAGAUCUGGGCAGAUGAUUCUUCAUCAGUGAUCGAUCGGAUUGGUGAGUUGGCAAGCCAGGAGAGGCCUAAUUGGGAACAUUCGGAGGGAUGGGUCACCGUGAGAUGAUAGGAAUCGUUCCAGUUGCGAAAGCAGAGUCAAGCUUCUUCACUAGAACAGAGCAAACAGAGCAGAAUCUUGGGAAUUUUUUUUUUUGGUUCAAUCCAGGAUUCUGAUUCAAUCGAUUCGCUUUUUUUUUUCUUUUCAAUUUGCGACUGUGAAUAUAGAUAGAUUCGGUUAAUGCAGACGAGAGAUGUACAGACAGAUAAUUU